AUGACGGACUACGGGACACCCGGGCGAAACUCCCACACGGCCGCAGUGAGCGCAGGCUCCGGGGACGGUGGGAGCGCCGGCAGGCGCGUGGUGCGCUCUGCCCUAGAGCUUCUCGCGGAAACGGCGUCACCGGAGAUCGUGCGGGGGCAGACGUCGUCGUCCGCUGCGGCGGCCCCGGCAAAGUUUACGGUCACGUACGCCACUGCGCCGGCGGUGUCUCAUGGUGUGACCGCUCAGCCGCAGCAGCUGCGGCGGUCCCCGUCGGCAGGGAAGGGUGACGCCGCGGCAACGGUGGAGGAGCCCAGCACAUUGCUGUUUCUUUCACCGACCCCUGUUGCUGGUGGCGCGGACAGCGCUGUCAAGAAGCGUCUGUUCAAGAAGAAAAAGAAAACCAUAAGGCUUUCCGACUCCGUCAAGAGGGCGGCGGCGUCGGCGGUGGCGAGAGAAGUGUGGGGCCCGGAAACCCCUGCGCGGCAAAACGCAGCCGGCGAGGGCGAGAGCGAGAGCAAAGCUCCUGGAGAAACGUCGGCUGCCGUUGGUCCCGGCGCAAACGGCUUCCACGACCAGGGAAGGCUGCUGAGGAAAAAUGAGCCUCUCUUCACGGAGGAGGAGGUGCAGCAAAGAAUCCUGGUGGCACUGAAGGCCUACGAAGCCCGUCGUGAUGCGGAAGAGGAGUCGGUGCUGCAGGAGGUGGGCCGCGAGAUUGAGUCACAGAAUGAACGAUAUGAAAAAUUGCUGAAGGAGAAGCAGGCCGCCGCCGAGGAGUGUGACGCGCUUCAGGCGAAAAUGGAGCAGCUUGCAAUGCAGUGUGCGGCGCUGCAAAACACCAUUGCGGAGCUGCAUCAAGAGCUACAAACGGCUCAGGACAGGGCCUCCCGCGCCGAAGUGGAGCUCUGUCACGCGAAGGACGAAAAGCGUCUGACCUCCUCUGAGUUGCAACAGGAGCUGAACUUUGAAAAGGCGCAGUGGAAACUGGCACAGGAGGAGAUGCAGCGGCAGAUUGCCGAGUUUGAGACACAGCUGCGUUCUCGGACGUUUGAAUGGCAUGAGCUGCAGGAGUCCACCCACGCGAAGGACAAGGAGCAAGUUCGGCUCUCGGAGCAGUUAGAGGCGUGCCAGUCGGAGCUUAGGCAGUGGCAACAGCGGCAGAGUGAGUCCCAGGCGACCGUUGCAGAGAUGCAGGAAAUAAUUGAAGCCAAAGAAGCACUAAUUCGACAGCUACACGUCAAGGUGCAUGAAGCGGAGAAGGCCGUGAAGCGGGCCGCAACAUCAACACGCGACGAGCAGACUCAAUUUCAGUCACACCUACAAUCCGUUGAGGAGGCGCUGCAGCAGCAGACAGACGAGGUGCGGCGGAAGAUGCACCGGGUCCACGUUCUCGAAACGGAGCUGGCGAAGGCGGAGAAAGUGAACAAGACACAGCACGGUCUCCUUCACGAGGCCGUCAGUUGCUUCUCCGCCAUGCGCUGCACACUAGAGGAGUUUGUAGAGAUGUUUCGCACGUCCCGUCCUACGCGACCAUCCUCACGGAGGGUGCGUCCCGCACCCUUUGCGACGUCGGAGUGGGGCGAGCCGCAUCCGGAUGCCGCCGAGGAAUUCUUCGCUAGGGAAGCCGACAGCUUGUGUGGCUCGAAGUGGGAAGCAGCCGCAGCGGCAGCAGCAGGAGAGGAUGAGGGGAAGGAGGGAACAAAGGAUGAUAAGGAAAACAGCUUUUUCGAACUUGUCAUGUGCAAAGAGCUUCGUGACGACCUUCGGCAGGGACGUUUCUUCUCUGGCAAGACUGCUGCCCCGGUGCAACAGCGUAAGCCAAACGCAGAGCGACCCCGCGGCAGUGUGAGUCCUACGACGUUUAGGAAAUCCAAAAGUGACGAUGCCGAUGAGGCGGACGGGCGUGGUCGGUUGCGGCGGUGUCAUCGGGCCUGUGAACGCCUUUUGGAGACCCUGCGUCGUCUCCACCUUCAACGGCAGAAGGAGAUGCAGCGCCAGGUUCAGCAACUUGAGGCGCGGCAGGCGGAAAAAAGCAGGGCAGAGAUGACACGCUGCCAGGACGCGCUCGCCACCUGCCAAGCCAGUCUAGAGGAGAGCAAGCAACAUGAGCGGUUAGUGCGUGAAGAGUGUCACCAGCGUGGCAGUGAGGUGAAGCUGUUGGAGGCUACCCUUGUAGAGUUGCGUGCGCGGGAGCAGGAGUGGAAAGCGGAACAGAAAAGGGUAACGGAACGCAUGGAGAUGCUGCAGCGCGAGCGCGGCAUUUUGCACCUUCAGCUGGAGGCCAGUCAGCAGGACUGUGUGGAGUUGCGUGAGCGAUACGAGUCGGUACGCGGGGAGGCGGAGGAGCUGCGCGAACGCGUGCGUCUGCUUGAGACCAGCCAGCGCACACACGAGGAGGCGAUGGAGGCGAAGGCGAAGGUGUUGGCAAGGCUGGCUCGCUGCACUGAGAAGCUGAAGAAGACAGAAGGAGAAUGCCAGGCCCUCCGUGAUGAAAAUGAGGUCCUCUCAAAUAAAUUAAAGUCUAUGCUCCUGCAGCUGCAGACUUCGCGUAUGCAGCAGCGCAGCAAAGGCGCCUCGGCAGCUGUGCGGCAAGGGCACCAGCAACAACAACAACAACAAGAGGAGUUGACGGCGCUAACAAAGGAAAUGGGAGCGUUGCGUAGGCUGCAAGAAUCCGCUGCCGCCUUGCACGCCAAGGAGCGUACUGAGGCGGAGGUGUCCUUAAAGAAACUUGCGUCAAAGAACGAAGAGCUGCGCGAGGAACUGGCUCAGCAACGGCGUGCGCUGGCUGACGCCCUCAACGAGGUAGAGUUGCAGAGGCGGGCGGAGGUAACCACGCUGCGUACACUGAUGAGCAUUCACCAAGCCGGGAGUGAGGCGUUGAAUGACACCUGCGUGGACGGCAACAGCCCACACGAGGUGCAACAGCGACUCUUCGAUGCUAGUCCCGUGCCCCACACAGAGGACAACGUGAGUGCGACUCGAGGAGAGAUGUCCACCCUCUAUCUUCGAGGACGCGUCGUGUCUCUGGCGCAGCGGGCAGUCCUGGAGCUCGCGCGGCUAAGAGAAGUCAUGUCCAGAGGACCGCCGGCGGAGGCGGGUGACCGACUGGAGAGUUUUCAAGCAGCAGAGCAAUUCGCGUGGGAGGCGGCGCAGCGCUCUGCUGCUCGACGAAACUCUUGCAUUGAGGAUCACGGGGAGGCCGGGUCAUCAGCGCUACCGUCAUCGCAGCGGGUGGCACCUGUGCUGCGCAGUAUCAGUCAGCAGCAGCGACAACAGCCAAGGCAAAAGGUGCAGUGCCAUCCACUCGGGACUCCUGGUCGGUGCUCCCUGCUGCAUAGGUCGCCAUCGCCGAAACAGGUGGAUAGGGAUGCAAUUGCUCUAGGCCUUUCCCCCAAGCGCCACUCUGUCUCCUUUACGGCUGUGAAUGCCGUGAAACGAACGACAAGGGGCGAGCAAAGGAGUUCACGCCCUCGUGCUUCCUCCUCCUCACGGUCUUCGACCGGUGGCGUGUCGCGGUCCCUCUCUGUUCCGGGGGUUCUGGAUGGGAGUUCUUCACCGGCCAGGCCACCGAUGCUUCGGGCACCGUCAGGGCAUUGA